AUAACUAAUAGUCAUUAAUGCCGUUAUGCUGCCGCGUGAUGUUACAUUUGGGGAACAUGGUUCACGUUCGCUAUUUUAGCUGGUUAAUUGUUGCAGUGGGCAACAUUAGCUGGCGAUUCUGUGAUCGUUUAUCAGGCCUUUCUGGUCUGACAUUACGUUUGAAUCGGACUUGUUUAGGUAUACGGGUAGUUUAUAUAAUAAAUUAAGUUGAUAGAAUAGGCACAGAGUUUCUAAACCCAGAGACGCAACAUCGCGAGACUUCCUGGAACGCUUGUCAAGCAGACCAGGCCGGGGUUUGAGAAGUAAAAAAAAGAUUCCUUAGCUGUUCAUUUCCGCAAUCUAAAGGCACAACCUCGAUUGGAGCCAAAGUCUUAAGUAGUUGAACAUGUUAUUACGCCAACAUCGUGAAAGUGACACCUUUGUGUUGAUGGCGUGCACAUGCGCAGUUCGGCGCUAGAAGACCGUUUGACCCGAUGACUUAUUUUUGCGCAUGCGCUUAGCUAGCCAACAUCGCCACGACAAUACCUAUUGAACCAAGCAUGCCAUUGCUAUGAAGGUGGUAUAUUCUGAAUCGGGGUGGAUGGAGAGAAAUCAUCACCUUUUUAUUUACUUUUAUUGUUAUUUUUAAAUAAUACGAUUUUGGAUUUCAAUCUUCAAUAGCUCUUACACAAAGUGUGUAAUGACCAUGAUAAUGAUAUAUUUAUUGUAAAAAUGUAUUAGGAAAAAAAUGUGUCCAUCCUUCCCCGAUUCAGAAUAUAUAAUUUUAAUAGUCAGGGCACGCUUUGUGUAAGAGCUAUUGAAGAUUGAAAGCCAGUGAAAAUUAAAUACAUUUCAACAACAACAAAAGACGGUGGAUUAUUUUGUCCACUCCCUCAUCCCGAAUAUAUCAUUUGAAUUGUCAUGGCACGCUUGGUGUAAGAGCUGUUAAAUUGAAAGCUAUAUAUAUAUAAAAUAAAAAACGGUGGAUUUUUCUCCAUCCAUCUAAUUCAGAAUAAACCAUCUUUGUAGUCAUCGCAUGCUUUGACGAGAGAACCGAAUAUCCAAUAUAAACUAGUUUUACUUCACCGAUGACGCAAAGCAUGUGAAAUAGGGCGUAAUGAUGACGCUAGGGCCGUGCACUCAUUUCGCUGUGUAGGACCUUGCGGGGCCUAAUCUUUUCAAUGUGUGAACAAUGUAUGUAUAGGAAUUGUCGUAUUUCUGCUGAUAGGACGAGACCCCUCGCAUGAAGUAAGUCUAUGGGCACUACUUGCAACUGCAGCAAGAGCGAGUGGUCGUUUGAUUUCCGGGCCGGCGACGUAAUUCAUGGCAAACAACGAAAAGAGGAUGAAAAGAACAUGAUUAACACCGAUGGCCUCUCUAAAUGCGAGGCGACCCGGCGCAAGACGGGGAAAAGGCCACUGGGGGAGAUGCUCCACCUUCUGUCCGCUGUCAUUGUCUGGCUUGUAACGGGGACGACCAUCUCCAGUCUUAACAAAUGGAUAUUUGCAGUGUACAACUUCAGGUACCCCUUACUGCUAUCGGCCCUGCACAUGUUGACAGCAAUAGUGGUGGACUUUUGGCUUAUUAAACUUCGAAUGCUCCAGCACAAAGGCGGUGUUGACAAGCAUAAGGACCUUACCAACAGCGCCAAAUGGAAGGUGUUUCUAUUGAGCUUGACAUUUUGUGCCAGCAUUGCGUUUGGCAACGUGGGUCUGAACUAUGUCCAGCUGUCAUUUGCGCAAAUUAUCUACACCACCACGCCAAUCUUCACCCUGGCGAUUUCCACCCUGAUCUUGGGCAAGCAGCAUCACAUCCUCAAAUACACGGCCAUGAUGCCCAUCUGUCUGGGAGCCUCAUUCAGCAUUAUGGGCGAGGUCCAGUACGACCAGACAGGUUGCUUCUUCGUAUUCGCUGCGACAAUGUUGAGAGGUGUCAAAACCAUCCAGCAAAGUAUCUUGCUCCAGGAGGAGAAGAUCAACUCUGUGUUCCUGCUCUACUUGAUGUCCAUCCCCAGUUUCUGCAUCCUGGCCGUAGCUGCUCUGGCCCUGGAGAACUGGGCCGUGCUGGAGUCUCCAAUGCAUUACGACCACAACUUGUGGCUCUUCAUCCUGCUCAGCUGCCUGGGCUCUGUCAUGUACAACCUGGCCAGCUGCUGCGUCAUCACCCUCACCUCCGCCGUCACCCUGCACAUCCUCGGCAACCUGAGCGUGGUGGGCAACCUGCUGCUCUCCCAGCUGCUGUUCGGCAACGAGAUGUCAGCGCUCAGCUGUGUCGGCGUGGCACUCACACUCUCCGGCAUGCUCAUCUACCAGAACUCUGAAUUGAUCUCAGACUACAUGGACACACGGCGAGCCAAAGCCAGGGCACUCAGCCGAGGGAGGGAGGAAGACAUCGCUGGCCCAUCACAACCCCCCCAAGACCAGCCGGGGAGGAGGGAUGCCGAUGGCAAGCGAGAGGACAAGAGAGACUGAAAGAGAAGGAGAAUAGGAGUUGGACUGUUUACAGCAACCCUGUCCUUUGGGGGUUAGUUAAGUCAGGUGGUUCUGUGGAGUGGCUCAGGAGAUGGGCUUUGACGUCAUGAGGUCAGAGUUGAUGAUGAUAUGGGUGACAGAACUUGUUUGUUGGGUUGUUUUUACCUUUUCACUGUGCCAAUGUAUUUAUUUCUGCCAUGGUCUCAUAGAAUGAGAAGUCAGUCUAGGCCAGCUGACAAAAAAAAUCUGAUGCCUUUAUGAAAGUGACAGUUUCCACUGUUCUAAUACCCAUACGUGCACACAUCCUGGUAUAUGCAUGCAUGAGCACACAAACAAUGUGAUGUAUCUCAUGAGGUGUCGCUCUCACUACUCCACUGUGAAAAUGUUCAACAUGAGUGAGUGCUCAAUGGGAUGUUGGGAGGGAAGGACUGGGAACACCUCCAUAUAGAUGGGCACAAAUAAAAAAAAUAAGCAUGGUACUGUUACCUAACCUUCCCCUGGUCUUGUAUCAGUGUGAAAGGUUUCCUGGCAGCUUUUUAUGUGGUGGAUCUUAAUAUGGGGCGUGUAGCAUUUCUUCUAGUUCUAUAUCUUUUAUCUAGAUGACGUUUACAAUGGCGGAGACAUGCAAGCUAACAGGUUCGGCAUAUCACUUCUGUUGGCUGUUUGUAGGCAUGGAGGUCAGUGAGCCACACUGUUCAUCUACUGCAUAGUGAAGCGCAGAUCUGAGGGCAGGCACUUUGUCCUGCUCAGCGACCUCUUAUUGAAUUUCCUGUUAAUAAAAGGAACCUAUUAUAAUCAGUUUAAUAACCUCCAACCUGAAGAGCAGUUCUCACUGCGGAAAACCUCUAUUAUUAGGCCCAUUCACUCUAAGGAGUCUCACUCAUCUUUAGUACAGUUCUUUUCUUCUGGGAGAGAUCAUAAAAAGGAUUUCAUGAUCCUCCUUACCGCCACUCCUGGGCUGAACAGAAAUGUCUACUCUGCCAGGUCUCAUGUCUCCACUCUGAGGGUGCCUCUAUUUUUAACCUUUUACGUUUAGUCUCCCUUAUAACCUCUGCUGGACAGUGUUAUUGUAACUCCCAUUACAAUACAUUUUAAUAUUUAUUAAGACAUGUUAGUUUUAUUGUUUUCUUUCUGCUUUUUGAAUUGGGUAAGGAACAUUGUGCUGUUUAUGGGUCUUAGAAAGGACAAAGAGGAUGUUUUUGUUUUGACAUCUACAUAAAAAAAAAAAUAUGUAAUUGAAGUUUGAAAGCUCUUACGUUAUCUUGUCUAUAGCAGGGUUUCCCAAACUUGGUCCUGGGGCCCCCCUGGGUGUACGGUUUGGUUUUUGCCUGUAGCGCUACACAGCUGAUCCAAAUAAUCAAAGCUUGAUGAUGAGUUGGUUAUUUGAAUCAGCUGUGUAGUGCUAGGGCAACAACUAAAACGUGGGGGGACAGAGUUUGGGAAACCCUGGUCUAUAGCACUGACAUGACAACGGUCACUCAGUAGCUGGAGGUCUAAUCAACUGGUCUGUCACUUGGCAAACAGCCAUGUGACUGAAGGUCUUGCAUAACUCUCAGAUCCAGGUGUUAAAUUGCAUGUAUGUCCAAUGUACAGCAAGGAGCUUAUGAAGGUGUUGAAUGAAGAUGUUUCUAAUCUUCCUUCCCCAGUCAAAAUAACCUUCCCGGUGUGCCAAACAUUGACUUCUUGAUUUAGCUUCAGUUCAGCCUCAGAUCGACACUGGACAACAAAGUUGCUCUCUAAUGGGAAAUGGUUAUAUAUAUUUUGUUACCCACCUGUUCUUUUUUCCCCCUAAUAUGUUGUCAUAUGCACAGCAGUAGACACAGAAUGAUUUGUUGCCAGCCUCGACCUGAUAAAUGAGACAUUGGAAUGAAGAUAAGAUUAAUGCCAGUCACCCAUUUGUUUUAACAUUCAUAGUUGUAUCAAGAGGGUCUUGUUAUUGAUGUUUAGUUUAAAUACCUCAGUCUUCAACAUGGCUUGUUAAAGACCAUUUUGUUUAAUGACUUAUGUAAGUUAACAGUUGAGAGCUCAAGCAGCUCAAUGCAUGUCUGCCCACAACCACGGUUUGUCAACUGUUUAUAAUCUGUUUGGUAUAUUGCCUACUGUUUUUAAAGCCAAUUUGGUUUAGUAACUUUUGGAUUGACGAUGAGGGCUUUUCAAUCACACAGCCCUUAGACUGUACCAGCUUCACAGAUCGUGGUUUGAUUUGUCAAGCUGAAAGUCGGUUUGACUAGUCAGGCUGCAUGUUCAUACGGAGUUGUCUUUGAGGGUGGAGCAAAGCUCAUAUUGCACUGACGAGUUUUGGAGAUGCUGCCUUUACAGCAUAGGGCUCAUGUGUAUGUACUGUUUUUGAUGUCUGCAAAAGUUCAAUGUAAAUCAUUUUAUUAUAUUUAUGUAUUUUACAAUCAUGGCUGGCUCAAAUAUACUGGUUCAAGAA